AUGCUCAAUGAAAGACGUGAACAAGGAAUCAUCAAGGAUAAUGCUUUAGCCUCUUUGUCUUCUGAUAGACCUCCUCCAAGAUCAUCACCUGCACCUCCGGGUCCAAUGUCUCCUCCUCAAGGGCCUAUGGUUGAUUGUCCUGAAGCACCAGAACCUCUGGCUACAAAGACUCCUACUUCUGUCAAUUGUACUGAACCACCGGAACCCCCAGCUUUGAAAUCUCCUGCUUUGGUCAAUCGUACUGAACCACCGGAACCCCCUGCUUCAAAAUGUCCAGCUCAGAAAUCAUCAGCUGCUUUUCCAGGACCGCCCAAACCUCCUGCUUUGAAGUCUCCCACUGACAAUGACUCCCACCUUGCACCACCUAAGCAGUCAAAAUAUCAGCAUGCUCAACCUUUGGAGGAAGAGCUAGCACAUUUGGACUUGGACCUACAGACAAUGGACGUUGAUAUCCCGACCCUAGGCCCUUUGCCCAAGAUUGAUACUCCUCACACCAAUCCUCGUCAUUUCAAUCAUCAGCUGCGCCGCACCGGUCACCAUGAGAUGCCGCGUCAUUGA